GGCGUCGCCGCGGCUCCAUGGGGAACGGCAGCACCGGAGCCGCUCCCUGCAACGGCACCGAGCUGCCCCCGCCGCCCCCGCCCCCGCCGGGAAGCCACAACAUCGCCGCCCUGGUGCUGGGCAUCAUCCUCAUCCUCCUCAUCGUGGGGGGCAACGGGCUGGUGUGCCUCAGCGUCUGCACCGAGCGGGCCCUGAAGACCACCACCAACUACUUCAUCGUCAGCCUCGCCGUCGCAGACCUACUGCUCGCCCUCCUCGUCCUGCCGCUCUAUGUCUACUCCGAGUUCCAGGGAGGUGUGUGGUCCCUCAGCACCGUGCUCUGCGACGCCCUGAUGACCAUGGAUGUGAUGCUGUGCACAGCUUCCAUCUUCAACCUCUGUGCUAUCAGCGUGGAUCGGUUUAUUGCUGUGUCAAUCCCACUGAACUACAACCGGCGGCAGAUCGACCUGCGGCAGCUGAUCCUGAUAUCCACCACCUGGAUCUUCGCCUUCGCUGUGGCAUCCCCGGUCAUCUUUGGGCUCAACAACGUCCCAAACAGGGACCCCAGCUUGUGUCAGCUGGAGGAUGACAACUACAUCGUGUACUCCUCCAUCUGCUCCUUCUUCAUCCCCUGCCCUGUCAUGCUGGUGCUCUACUGCGCCAUGUUCCGAGGACUCAAGCGCUGGGAAGAAGCCAGGAAGGCCAAGCUCAGGGGCAGCAUCUACGGCGCCUCCAGGAAGCUCCAUCACCCCCCAGCCUUCAUCACCAGGGAGCAGAGGGGACUGGAGCCAGGGGAGUGCAGCCCUUACACCUGCUCCAACCCCCCCGGGGACUGUGUGCUGAGCAAUGGGAUCCAGACUGUCUCCUACCCACACCUCAAGUACCCCCCCCCAGGACAGGGCCGCAAGAGAGCCAAGAUCAACGGCCGGGAGCGCAAAGCCAUGAGGGUGCUGCCCGUCGUCGUGGGUGCUUUCCUCUUCUGCUGGACACCUUUUUUUGUGGUCCACAUUACCAGGGCUCUCUGCAAGUCCUGCACCAUUCCCACUCAAGUCACCAGCACUGUCACUUGGUUGGGUUACCUCAACAGUGCUCUCAACCCCAUCAUUUACACCGUGUUCAACGCGGAGUUCAGGAACUUCUUCCGCAAGGUCUUACACCUCUUCUGCUGAGCCCCCGGGAGCUGGGGGGAGAAGGAAACCCCCAGGUUACUUUUUGUAUAGUUCAUUAAAGAUCUAUUUCUGCCUAA